UUCAAAGCUGGGCUCAGCCUCUGUUUCUUCUCUCGUGUAGUCACAAAGCCCAUUUUGGACCAGGAACUCCAAUCAUGUCUGUGAUGGUGGUAAGAAAGAAGGUGACACGGAAAUGGGAGAAACUCCCAGGCAGGAACACCUUCUGCUGCGAUGGCCGUGUCAUGAUGGCCCGGCAAAAGGGCAUCUUCUACUUGACCCUCUUCCUCAUCCUGGGGACAUGUACACUCUUCUUUGCCUUCGAGUGUCGCUACCUGGCUGUUCAGCUGUCCCCUGCCAUCCCUGUGUUUGCUGCCAUGCUCUUUCUUUUCUCUAUGGCCACACUGUUGAGGACCAGUUUCAGUGACCCUGGAGUGAUUCCUCGAGCACUCCCAGAUGAAGCAGCUUUCAUAGAAAUGGAAAUAGAAGCAACCAAUGGUGCGGUGCCACAGGGCCAGCGACCACCUCCUCGUAUUAAGAAUUUCCAGAUAAACAACCAGAUUGUGAAACUGAAAUACUGUUAUACAUGCAAGAUCUUCCGGCCUCCCAGGGCCUCCCAUUGUAGCAUCUGUGACAACUGUGUGGAGCGCUUCGACCAUCACUGCCCCUGGGUGGGAAACUGUGUUGGAAAGAGGAACUACCGCUACUUCUACCUCUUCAUCCUCUCUCUCUCCCUCCUCACAAUUUAUGUCUUCGCCUUUAACAUCGUCUAUGUGGCCCUCAAAUCCUUGAAAAUUGGCUUCCUGGAGACAUUGAAAGAAACUCCUGGAACUGUUCUGGAAGUCCUCAUAUGCUUCUUCACACUCUGGUCUGUUGUGGGACUGACUGGAUUUCACACUUUCCUCGUGGCUCUCAACCAGACGACCAAUGAAGACAUCAAAGGAUCAUGGACAGGGAAGAAUCGUGUGCAGAAUCCGUACAGCCAUGGCAACAUUGUGAAGAACUGCUGUGAAGUGCUUUGCGGCCCCUUGCCCCCCAGUGUGCUGGAUCGAAGGGGUAUUUUGCCACUGGAGGAAAGUGGAAGCCGACCUCCAAGCACUCAAGAGACCAGCAGUAGCCUCUUGCCUCAGAGUCCAGCCUCAACAGAACAUAUGAACUCUAACGAGAUGCUGGAGGACAGCAGCACUCCGGAAGAGAUGCCACCUCCUGAGCCCCCAGAGCCACCACAGGAGGCAACCGAAGCUGAGAAGUAGCCGAUCUAUGGAAGAGACUUUUGUUUGUGUUUAAUUAGGGCUAUGAGAGAUUUCAGGGGAGAAGAACAACACGAGACAGAGAGCAAAUACGCUGUCCCUUAUUACUAUUUUUCUUUGGUCUUUAGUCACCCAAUUGCACACUGGCAUUUUCUUGCUGCAAACCUUUUAAAACAAUUUUUUUUUGGACUUAAGACAGUGGCAGAAGAUGACAGUCACAUCUGGCAACUGGACAAAUGGGUCUCUUGGGACAUGGCACUGGUUUCCCAUUGUCUCAGCCACAAGGUGUCCUUGGACUCCCCUUCUCUUCCCUCCAGAUCCUAGCUCUUGCUGGGGGUCAUUGGUCUCAUUCUGGGGCUAAAGAGUCUCGAGACUGGCUCCAGUCUUUUCCGGCUGCUGCAUGUCCUGAGUCCAGAGGCAGUCACAGAAACCUCUGGCCGGGGAAUCCUAACUGGGCUCUUGACUCCCUCGGAACUAAUGAGGAUUGGAGAGUGAGGUUGGAGGAUUCUCCUGGCUACCAAGUGCCAGCAUUGCCAGCCAAUCCUUUAAGGAAUAGGGCAGGUACCUUUCACUUGUAUUUAUUUGUAGCUUCUCCUUUCUCCCGCCCCCCAUCCACUCUCUAACAUCCAAGUCCCAAUCUUUCCCCAUUAGAUGGUAUAUGUAAGUAGUUGUAGUAGAGAUAAUAAUUUACAUUUCUCAGAGAUUCUCCAGAAACUUCAAUGCCUGUGCUAUUCUCAAUAAGCAUUGAUGAGAUGCCAACAGCAUAGCCCUUCACACUCUCUGUCUCAUCUCCCCCUUUGUUCUCAUUAGCCCAUUUUCAUUUUCUUCUUUUGAGUCUUGCUUCCAUUGGGAGCAGGAAUGGCAGUAAUAAAAGUCUGCACUUUGGUGGUUCCUUUUCCUCAGAGGAACCCUGAGUGCUCACUUAAACACUACCCUUCAGACUUCUUGUGUAAGGCCUACAGAGGCCCCGAAUGCACAAAUGGGGAAGCCAAGGCACAGAGAGGCUCUCCUCUCCUUUCCUCUCCUCUCCUCUCCUCUCCUUUCCUUCUCCUCUCCUCCUCCUC